UAACAAUGUUUAAAGGUGAUCAUUAUUGAGGCAGAGCUCUUGAUAGCAAAGUAAUCAAUCAUUAAAGGGAGGGAUGUGGGAAGAAAACUCAUUAAAAGCCAAACUUAUGAGCGGAGCAAUUAACUCAUGGCAAUGACUAAAAAGAGACACAAGAUUUGAAAUGGUCAUUGACCCUGAAAACUAAGGAAACGACAUAAUAGACCCAAAAAGUCUUGUCUUAUAAACGGCUUAAUGCACAUGCAGAGUAAGUAAUUAUUCGUCGCUGAGCUAUCCAUGGUGCUGAAUGUCUUAGAUGAAGAUCUGUGAUCAUUCUCCGUCGCAGUAUGCCUGCUAAUUCAGAAUCCUUAUUACCAUUGUAACUCAUUAGUCACGUCCAUCAAACAUUAAACACAAUGUAUUUUAAUAUGGUGACGGUAUAUACUCGCUUUGGGUGCACGAGCGCAUUUAUCGCCGCCUCAUUUCAUUGGGAGGAUCCCAGUAUAGAUGACAGACAUAUGACGUUAUUGCUGGCGUACGACUGCUGCGUAAUUGAGCCUAUACUAAAUGAAUCCACAGUCCAGGCGGAUAUUAACGCGCUCUCCAUGAGCAGCCAGGGAGAUAUCAAACUCACUAAUUCAGUCUUAUGAUUCAAUGCGACAUUAAGUUGACGCUAUUAAAUUGUUGACUGGCUUGCCUUUUUUUUUUUUUUAAAUAACAUUAUAAAACUAAGAUUCAAAAAGUUCUGGUCGUCCUAACAGCGCAUCUCUUCGGAAAACUCUCCUCAUCCAAACGGUGCAGGACUAAACAAUGUGGCUCGCGCGAACUCUCCUCGCUCUGGCUCUUCUUUGCGCACCGGUUUCUAACCUCUGCAUUCCAACGUACGACCCCGAACCCAACUUUCUCUGUAACAAUCAGUUGUUCUCCGAGACGAAUGAAAACGGACAACCGAAAAACUCCUGGCUGGACAGUGUAAACCUGCUGUAUAAGUCAGCGCACGCGCUUUCCUCUGAGGAGUCGCGCGAGAGGAGGACGGUACCCGCGUCCAAAUACAGAUUCUUGAGCCAGACGCAGCUCAGGAGUAAACUGUACCGCAACAGUGCGAAGAGCGACCGACGUAGUCAGGUCACUCUUUCUCUCGAUGUCCCUACCAACAUAAUGAACAUCCUCUUCAACAUUGCCAAAGCCAAGAACCUGCGCGCGAAGGCGGAUGAUAACGCGCGCCUGCUGGCGCAGAUUGGAAAGAGAAAAUGAACUGCCAUUGAUGUCACUAAAUUGACUUUAGCACAUGUGUUUUGUGACCAACGAAGGCAUGUUAUCUCUAAUUUAAUAUUGUAAUAAAUGUUUGUUUUUUUCAGUUGCAUAACAAUACUGCAAUUACAAUUUUCAGUAAUAACAGCAAACCUGAAAUUUAAUGGAACCGAUUAGAAGUGUCUUUAAUGGGGUUUCAUGUAUUAUUGGUUAAAUGGUCAUAUUUUCAUGAACAUACUAAUUUAAUCUAUUAAGAAGGAAAUAAUUAAAAAAUGGGCUUAUUAUGGCAGUGAGACUCAUUUGACAUUUUAAUUGUAAAAUUAAUUUCCAAGCUCAAACUUCAAAUGGACAUAACAUUUGAAUAUCAAAUUGCUGAUCAGAGGCAAAUGCGACAUUUCCCGCUGUACACGUUCAUCUCUCCCACAUUCAUUAGCACACACAUUUAUGACCGAGUCUGUAAUUGUCAGAUGAAAGUUGACUUGAUUAUUACUGAACAUGACUGCUAUUGAUUGACUAAGAUACAUGACUAAAUGGUUACAUAUACCUGAGGACGAUACCGUUCUGAAAGUUUUGGGUUGAUUAGACCGACGGUUGAAUAUUUUUGUACUGAAAAUAAUAAUAGUAAUUAUUUUUUGUUUGAUAAAU